GAAGCUUCUUUUAUAAGGAAAGUAAAUAAAAGAAGUAAAAUAUUUCUAUCCAAUUUCUAUUCUACUUAUUUUCUCUUCAUUAUUUCUCUUUUCACUAUCUCAUCUCUUUGGCAUCCAUACUGUAAAUCCGAUUGCUGAAAAUCAACAAAAAGCGUUUCGUAACAGUGAUCACUACCGACUCCGCUUACGCGAGCUCCCAAAACCUGAACCCUAAUUCAUCACUCAAUUUUCCCCUUUUCUUGGCGCGUUACGGUUUCGAUUUGUUUCAUAAUUUCUACUUAUUUUCUACUUAAUCAUAUACUAUUAGUUAAGAAAUCAAAUUCUACUUUGUUUUUUUUAUAAAUAGUUUGUGAAUUUUACUGAUUGCUUGUUGCAGUGUGGUUAGAUCUGUGCAAAAUGGAUUUCAUUUCUAACUGCAAGGAAAAAUUGGCAUAUUUUCGUGUAAAAGAUCUCAACCAUGUGCUUACUCAGGCAGGGAUUUCAAAGAAGGGAAAGAAGCAGGAUCUUGUCGAUAUGAUAUUAUCUAGUCUCUCAGAUGAACAAGUUGUCAAAGUAAGUGCUAAGAAGAAUGCCGUUGAUAAAGAAAAAUUGGUAAAAUUAGUGGACGAAACAUAUAGAAAACUUCAGGUAUCUGGAGCCACUGAUACAGCAUCAAAGGGGCACGGUGCUUCAGACAGCAGUAAUGUGAAAAUUAAAGGUGAAGUUGCUGAUUCCUUUCAAUCAGAUACAAAGGUUCGCUGUCUCUGUGGAAGCUCAUUGGAAACAGAUCUUUUGAUCAAGUGUGAAGAUACAAAAUGCCCUGUGUCGCAGCAUAUCAACUGCGUUAUUAUUCCGGAUAAACCCAUUGAAGAUCUCCCGCCACUUCCAGAUAAAUUUUACUGUGAAAUAUGCCGUCUCAGUCGUGCAGACCCGUUUUCGGUUUCAAUGACACACCCUUUAUUUCCGGUGAAGUUGAUUACAACCCAUAUUCCAACUGAUGGAACCAACCCUGUGCAGAGUGUUGAGAAAACAUUUCAACUUACAAGAGCAACCAAGGAUUUGUUAUUAAAACAAGACUUUGAAAUUCAGGCUUGGUGCAUGCUUCUGAACGACAAAGUUCCAUUCAGGAUGCAAUGGCCACAAUCUGCAGACCUACUGGUCAAUGGUUAUUCUGUUCGUGCAAUUAAUAGACCUGGUUCGCAAUUGCUUGAUGAUGAUGGCCCAAUUAUCACGCCAUAUACAAAAGAAGGAGUUAACAAGAUUUGUUUGACGGGGUGCGACACUCGCAUUUUCUGUUUAGGGGUCCGCAUUAUUAGAAAGCACACCGUGCAACAGGUCCUGAACUUGAUUCCAAAGGAGUCUGAUGGUGAGCGUUUUGAAGCUGCUCUUGCACGUGUCUGUUGUCAUGUUGGGGGUGGAAAUUCAGCUAAUGAAGCUGAUAGUGACAGUGAUUUGGUGGAGGUGGUUUCAGAUACUUUUAGCAUCAACCUUCGUUGUCCAAUGUAUGGUUCAAGAAUGAAGAUUGCAGGAAGAUUCAAACCUUGUGUUCACAUGGUUUGUUUUGAUCUUGAAGUUUUUGUGGAAAUGAAUCAACGUUCGAGAAACUGGCAAUGCCCCAUAUGUCUCAAAAACUAUGCAUUGGAGGAUAUCAUUAUUGAUCCUUAUUUCAAUCGCAUCACUUCUAUGAUGAAAAACUGUGGGGAAGAGUUUACAGAGGUGGAGGUGAAGCCUGAUGGUUAUUGGCGUGUCAAAGCUAAGAAUGAAAGUGAAUGCCGCGAGUUAGGGAAUCUUGCUAAAUGGCACUCCCCCGACGGGUUCCUCUCUGUUUCUACUAGUGGAGAAGACAAGAGAGCGGAAACUUUGAAUAUCAAACAGGAAGGUGUUUCAGACAGUCCUAAUGGCUUAAGACUUGGCAUUAGGAAAAAUCGUACUGGAGUUUGGGAAGCAAGCAAACCCAUUGAAACAAACACCUCUUCUGAUAAUAGGUUGAAUGCAAAUUUAGGAAAUCAUGAACUUGUGGUUAUUCAAAUGAGCAGCAGUGGCACUGGAAGCGGAUUGGAUGGUGAUGAUCCAAGCGUAAAUCAGAGUGGUGGUGGGCAUAUAGAUUAUUCUGCUACCAAUGGGAUUGAGGCGGAUUCUGUGUGGCACACUAAUGUUAAUUCAACUUAUGGAUAUCCAAUGGCUGAUGCAGAUACUAUUCCUAACACUUCUACUCCAAUGGCUGAUGCAGAUACUAUUGUUCUUAGUGAUUCUAAAGAUGAUGAUAUAUUAGUAUCUCCUACAGUUGGUUGCAACAAUAAUCAAACUGGCGAUGCAGUUGAUGUUUAUUCAGCGCCUCCACCUGGAAUUACCGAUCCAUAUGGUGGAGAUCCCAAUAUUGAUAGAAAUUCAUGCUUGGGAGUUUAUGAUAAUCCCGAUGUUUGUUUUGGGGUCCCCUCUCUCUGGCCAUUGCGUUCUAGAACUCAGGCAAGCUCAGGAUUCCAACUAUUCAGUUCUGAUGUGGAUGUGUCUGAUGCAUUGGCUCAUGGUGAUAUUAAUUGCUCCUCAUCACUGAAUAGUUAUAAAUUGGCUCCGGACACUGCUCUGGGAUCUAAUACUCUAACACCCAAUUCAUCCACUGAUCAGUCUGACACUGAUUUAAAUGGUGGCUUGGUUAACAAUCCAUUGGCAUUUGGUGGAAACGAUCCCUCACUUCAGAUUUUUCUUCCUACAAGACCAGCAGAAUCAUCUGUGCAGCAUGAAUUAAGAGACUGCACAGAUGUGUUGAAUGGCGUCUGUACAGAGGAUUGGGUCUCUCUAAGCCUCGGAGGUGGGGCUGGUGGCAGUAAUGGUGAUGCUUCCACACCAAAUGGUUUGAAUUCCGGACCGCAAAUUACAUCCAGAAAAGAUGCCACACAUUCUUUAACUGAUACCGAGUUGGCAUCAUCCAUGACGGUGUCGGUAGACUGGUCUGAACUGCCAACAGAUCUUCUGAAUAAGAUAUCGCAACGCAUCGACAACGAAAUCGAUCUCAUUCGCUUCCGAUCAAUUUGUUCCAAUUGGCGCUCUUCUUCCAUCCGAGAUCACCAUACCAAGAUUUUACCCUUCAAAUUUCCAUUCCUGCGUUGGGUUCCUUUUGUCAACCCGGAUUCUAAGAAUAGAUUUGAGGGUCCCAUUGAUACCAACGUGGAAGACUAUCCAUUUUCAAGACAUCUCUCCAAAUGUAGUACCUUUCUCAUCAAACCACCACAACAACAACAAGAACAACAAGAUCAAACACUUCGUCCUUGGUUAAUUAGAAUUCUUCAACACCCAAAUGGAAAAAUCAAAGUCUUCCGAGAUACUGAAUGGGUUGAUUCAUUUUUCCCUUUCUUUGAGUAUUCUCGCGUGCUCGACUUCAACGAUCUUUCCGUCAUUCAAUUAGGAGAAAAUUCAUACAUUAAUGAGGAAGACGUGACACCCCCUCCCGAUUUCGGUGAAUCGGUAAACGUUGACCCUGAUGUUGUGUAUGCUAUCACAUGCAAUGGGAAAACCCCUCUACUACUAGGGUCAUUUUCCUAUGUAGUCGCUUAUCCGAUGGUUUUGGGUUAUCUCGAUGAGAGUUGGUGGGUGAUCGGCCCGACAACUCUCCAUGGAGAUACAUGUGUUUUUAAAGGCCGGUUUUGCGCACUUAACUUAUCUCAUACGACCUUGGUUGAACCGGAGUCGAGUCUCCAGCUAAUGGCUCAACCGGAGAAGACCAUGCGGUCAGUGACUCAACCAAUUCUUGAUGCCACCAGAAAACUCUUAGUGGAGAGUGACGGUCAAUUGUUGUUGGUAAACAUUAAUGAGUCAUUUCCCGACUACUUUCAUAUUGACUUAUUUCAGCUUGACGAGAAGGAGAACAAGUGGGUGAGAUUGAGGAGGUUUAGUGAUGAGGAGAAAAAGUGGGUGGAUUCAAAUGAUUUAGGGGAUAGGAUAUUGUUCAUAGGACAUGGAAGUUCGUUUUCUGCGCAUGCUUCAGAAUUGGGUCUUCCCAAGGGAAAUUCUGUUGUCUUUAUGGACGAUUCUAUCAUCCAUAAAGAUAAUUUCAGAUUAAGGUACUGCCUUUAUGACCUAGAUGAAGAUGAACUCUGCGACAUGGAUGAUUAUCCCGAAUAUUCAAACUUGUUCUUGCCACCAACUUGGAUCCUCAAUCGAUAAAUUUGUAACAGGGAAACACAUGUGAAGAGCUCCCUGAGUUUCUUCUUGGAACCUGCCGCCUUAACCAUCUGGAUGCCUCUAAAGUAGUUAGUCUAAAGCCUUGAUUUUCAAUGAAACUUGUGACAAAAGUACAUUUUGGAAGAGAGAAUUCCAAGUUGCAAAUGUAGAUAAUUGAAAUUGAAAUUCUACAUUCUUGUCUUCAUAUACCUGAUUUCAGAAAUCAUUGUUCAGCGAAUUUGAAUCACACGCCAGUUUAUGUGGUGCUGUAAGCAUUGUUAGGAUGAAUGGUCUGGUAGGAGUGGUAAAAUAAAAAGUUGCAUUCGUUCAUUAAAAUUGACUGUUUUUUUUUGUCUCCGAUUUAAAGCGUCUUUCAUUCCUCAUUCCUUAGCAAUUGUGUGUAGAUAGGCAAUGAAAUCUUAGCAGUUUUUCUCUUCUGAGUAAACCAAAGAAUCUCAACAGAUAACUAUGGACACUACUCAAGAUAAUUUUAAUUCAUUUAAAAGAUUGAUC